CGAAGCCACUUCUUCAGAGAGCCGAGGUCUCGUCUCAGGCCAGCGCCGGCGGCGGCGGAAAUACGGGAGUGGCGGCGGGCGUUGAGGCCCUCUCGAGGGCCGUCCUCACCGGCGUCGGGGACGCAGCGCACGACGACGGAGGUUCGUCUCGUCUUCAUCGGCGUCAGGGCCGCUGCAGAGAUCUCGUCCUCGCCCCCCUCAACGCUGUGGCCGUGUCGACCAGCUCGCCGGCAGCCAGAUCUCCUGCAUAGCAGCUGCAUCUCAACGGCUGCGCCGCUGCGGUAGGUCGUGAGCGGCGGCGAGGAAUUUUUCAGGCACAUCUUGGAGCUAUGAGCCGCCGCCUUGUCCCCGUCGGCAGACGCAUCUUGGAGCAGAGCAUCAAGGAUCGGUACUACUCGGCAGGCAUUGGCACCGAGGAUGCACUCCAGCUGUUUGACGAAUUGCUCCCGGAUGCUGAGCCAUCCUCGAUCCGUGCCAUCAACUGCCUCCUCACUGUCAUCGGCCGUGAUUGCCCCGCGCUCGGCGUCUCCCACUUCAACCGCGUCGCAAGGGCCAAUGUGGCUCCCAACAGUAUCACGUACACCAUCCUCGUCGACUGCUGCUGCCGUGCUGGCCACUUGGACCUCGGUUUCGCCGCCAUGGGCCACAUCAUCAAGAUGGGAUUUACUGGAGAUGCUAUGAUCACUUUCAGCCACCUACUCAAGGCCAUCUGUGCGGAGAACAAGACCAGCUAUGCAAUGGACAUCGUACUCCGAAUAAUGCCUGAGCUUAACUGCACACCGAAUGUUUUCUCCUACAACAUUCUUUUCAAGGGUCUCUGCAACGAGAAGAGAAGCCAAGAGGCUCUCGAGCUGAUUAACAUUAUGGUUGAGGAUGGAGGUAGCUGCCGACCUGAUGUGGUGACCUAUAGCACCGUGAUUGAUGGCUUGUUGAAAGAGGGUGAGGUAGGCAAGGCUUACAGCCUAUUUUGUGAAAUGCUGCGUCAGGGGGUAUCGCCGGAUGUUGUGACCUGUAGUUCAAUCAUCUCUGGCAUGUGCAAGCUUCAUGCAAUGGACAAGGCUGAGGAGGUUCUUCAACAGAUGCUUGAUACAAGAAUUCUGCCAGAUGCUGCCACAUAUAAUAGUCUGAUACAUGGAUAUUAUUUAUUAGGACAGUGCGAAGAGGUGGAUCGGAUUUUCAAGGAAAUGUCUAGAAAUGGUGUUCAACCAAAUGUUGUAACUUACACUAUACAGAUGGAUUAUCUUUGCAAGAGCGGAAGAUGCGCAGAAGCUAGGAAGAUUUUUGAUUCUAUGAUCAGUUUGGGCCAAAAACCGGAUGUUUAUACCUACAGUAUUCUACUGCAUGGGUAUGCUAUGGAAAAAUCUUUUCAUGAUAUGCACUGUCUCAUUGAUUUGAUGGUAGAAAAUGGUAUUGCACCAAAUCAUCAUGUCUACAACAUACUCAUAUCUGCAUGUGCUCAAGAAGAAAUGGUUAGUGACGUAAUGCAUAUAUUUACAAAAAUGCGGCAGCAAGGAUUGAACCCUGAUGCAGUGAGAAACGUAGAGGAGUUAGAAGCCCAGAGAGAUGAGAAUUGUGAACAACCAUUUGGGAGUAGGAGGCAUCAGGGACAGGUGGAACAGUCACCCAAAUGCGUGCAGGCCGCAGGGUUCAAUGCAGGCAAGAACGCAAUGGCGAGAUUGAGCACUUUGUGGCCAGAGGAGGCAAGAAUAGCCACCCAAAUGUGUACAAUAGCAGUGCCGGAUGUAGCCACAACUCUGACGCCGCCAAAUGCUUUUUGGCCAGAGGAGGUCCUCCAAGAGCUGGCUCAAUUUGCUUCCGAGACAAUUCUGCGCAGAGCCAGCAAAAGCUGGCCUAAUUGA